AUGACUACCGUCUUCGCGCGCCCACCGCUCCAAUCGCUUCCUAUGGCAACAAACCGACCCACGACGCGACGAAGGAGCGCAAGACAAGCCUUCGACGACGAUGAUGCGCCGGCGCCGACGACCAAACGAGCGAAGGCGGACGUGAAUGGGACGAGCAAAAAGGCGACUGCUGCGCCAAAGAAGACAGCAAAGGCAGCUGCAUACGACGAGGACGAUGAUGGCUUCCAGUUUUCGCGUCGCACGUCCUCGCGAAGGACUACCAAGGCACAGGCUGUGCUGGCACCAGAACCAAUACCCGAGGACGAACCAGCAACAUUCGCGCGCGCUGCCGAAGCGCAACCGGCCAAAUCCACUACGCGGCGGAAGAAACAGUCAAUCGCGACAGCCGAUCCGGAAUCCUCAGACUCGGGAAAGCGUCGUCGUUCAGCGCGCAUAUCUGGCGACAGUAGACAGCUGGAAGUGCGACCAAAGUCUACAGAACCUCCACCGGCGAAAUCACGAACAAAGAAAACCGCGCCCGUAGAGAAGGAAAGGAAGAAGCAGACUACACCAGCUCCUGAGGCACAACCAGAGCCCAAGAGCGCGUAUGCAGGCGUGCAAACGCCGACACACAACAAGAUACAGGUCGCGAAGAAGCGCGAUCCCAACGCUCAAAAGAUCAUGCUGCCCUUUGCGGACACCCCAGUUAUUACGAGGAACAAAGAGAUGCGGAAAGGCAACAAGGAUGGGUCGAGAAGGAGUAGCACAGGCUUGCGAGGGAGAAGGGCAAGCUCGCUGAUUGACAGCGGCCAGUCGAAUGGUGAGUCAAGCAAUGAUGCACAGGAGGGCUGGGCACAGGACCCUAACGGCAUGGAAAAGCGCCCCUGGGGAUCAGUGGAUACUAACAAUUCCGCAGCCCUACCGCACUCAGAAGUCGAAGUCCGAGAUUUCUACAAAUAUAUCGAGCAGAGCCUACCCGAACCACGACGGAUGAAGCAGCUAUUGACAUGGUGCGGAUCGCGAGCUUUACCAGCAAAACCAUCAGGCGACGUGAAGAACGCGAAUGCGAUUAUGGCUGCGCGAGCUAUUCAACAAGAACUCAUAGACGAUUUCGCAAGCAAACCCGAGCUUUCCGACUGGUUCAGCAGGGAAGAAGUAGCCCCACCACCUGUGGUAAAGAAGCCGAAUCCUCAGAACGAGAAGAACCAAGCCACACUGCAGGAAUUGGAGGAGGAAGUCAAGCGCCUCGAAGAAGAGAAAGCCGCAUGGGAAGCCAUUGCAUCAGCUUCGAAAACCAAGCCCCCGCCAACCGCGCCCUCAAUACCGACAUCAACACCUACACUAUCCGAAAUCGACACGUCCCUCCUCGAUCCCGCCCAAGCCGCCAUACUUUCCUCCCUCCAGUCGUCACAAACACAACCACCAACGUCAGCUUUCACAUUCACUUCGCCUACAGCACUACAAUCACAUCUCACGUCCCUCGCCGACUCGCUAGAACCGCACAUAGACCUUUUCGCAGACGGUGUUCAUAAGAUCGAACAGUAUCGCGCAACGGCCGAACGGGUAGCGGAUCGUGUGCUGGGUACUGCGGCAAAGAGGUUGGAAGAGCGGGAUCGGGAAGCGAAGGAAAGAGUGGGCACAGAAGGAAUUGGAGUCGGCGAUAUAUUGAGAGGCCUUGCUGGUGUACUUGGCGAGCAAUAA